AUGAUUAUACUUUCAAUUAUUUUUGCAAUCGCGUAAUCUCAAUAAAUCAAGCCUUACGACUUUGCAGUAUCUUUAAUAUAAGUAUAGUCAUCAAUUCAUUAUGAUAUGAGAGUAAACGAAGAUGCAAUUCUCUACACAUAUCCUAAGGGAGCAAUUUAUAAAAGCAAUAUCUCAACUAAUAACGAGAUUUAAUUGUGCAGUGUAUAACAUGACACAAUAACACUAACAAAUAACAUUACUAAAUAGAUAAUUAAUUCAUCAACAGAUAAAAUUGAUUAGUAAAAUGAUCAAAUUAUAAAUGCAUUUUACAUGAAUAAAAAUUUGGGUUUAGUGACAGAAUUUAAUAAUUAUAUUGUAUUCUGCUUAGAUAAAUUAGAAAUUAUUAAGAAAUACGAGUUAUCUGAUUUCAUAAAAGCAAAAAAAGAAUAAUUUUAAGAAGGAAUUUUUAGUGCUGAAUUGAAUAUGGCUUUUCUAUUUUAUUAAACAACACUAAUCAUUUAGGAGGAGAAAGGCAUUUUGGUGUCUUAAACUAUUACAGAAAUGGCAAUUAAAAAAGUAUUAUGUAGUUUGGGACAUAUCUUUAUUGCUACUAAAGAUGGAAUGUUAGUCUAUUAAAUAGAUGUAGGAAAUCAAAUGAUUACGUUGAAAAGUCAUAUAGAAUAGAAUCAUACUAUUAAUGAUAUUGUUUUAAGUGCAAAAAAUUAAUACAUAUUUCUAUUGGAAGAAGAUGGAAUACAUAUUUACAGAAUUCUCUUUGAUAAUGAAAAAUAGAUUUAAAUAAAAAAAUAUUCUAUAUUGCCAUUUAUACCUAUUGAAUCUUCAUUUAAUUUUAAUUAAAAUAAUGAUUCAAGCUUUGCUGUAUUGAAAAAAUCUCAGAAGUCAGUGAUCUUCGUUGAUUUAGAAAUUAAUUUAGAUUAAGGAGUUUGGUUUAUAGUCAACUCUCAUGUCCUCAAAAUUGCUGCAUAGAAUUUAGAAAUAAAUAACAAUUUUGUUGUUAUCAAAGGUUCAGAAACUCACUGUAUAAUUAAGCAUUCAUAACCAAGUAUCUUUACUAAUAUUUUUAAUUAUUAUCCAUUUACCUUAGCACAUACAAUUUAUCUGAAUUUUUAUUAAUUUAAUGUUGAAAAUUCAUUAGAUAUUUUAUAUGGCGUUGAUUCAGAUUCAAUAACAUUAUUUUAAAUAGAUCAAAUUUAAGGUAACAUAGUAUGUUCAACGAAUGACACUGGCUUAAUUGGAUAGAAUUUUAAUUAUUAAAUAUUUUCUAAUUUAAGCGAUUGUGAAAAAAAGUAAUAAUAUUCUUAAGAAAUUCAAAGUAAGGAUUUAAUAGUGUGUUAAUUUAAUACUGAAAUUGGAAUUAAUAUAAUUUCAGAUGAUAUAAAUCCUUUUAAUAGGCAACUUUUAAUUAUACUGAUUGUUUGUUUGGGAAUAGCUUUAUUCUUAAGUAUUCUAGCCUUGAUUUGCUAUGGAAAUAAAACAAGGAAGCAGCUUAGUUCAUACUAAUAAAAAAUUAAAUUAUAUUAACAAUUUUCAGGUGAUCAAAAUGACACUAUUCGUACAAAAUAGCCUCCGCCAACUAUUGAUAACAAAUUUAAGAUAGACGAGUUUGAAUAAUGA